UAUAACCGAUACAUCGGGCAGGUAUAAAAUAUGUGCAUCUGACUUCUGAUGACACAGUUUUGAGUUCCAACAAUGGCAAAGGCAGUGGCCCCUCCGCUUUACUUGGCGUCUUGGUCUUACUUAAUUUUUUGUGCUCUCUUCUGCUUCAAUCUUCAGGUUGUUCUAUCGAAGUCAGCACCAUUGCUAAAAUUGGAUUCUAAUAUUCUUCAGGAAUCAAUAGUUGAAUCAAUCAACAACAAUUCAAAAGCUGGAUGGAAAGCCUCCAUAAAUGAUCGAUUUUUAAACUACACUGUCUCACAGUUUAAGCAUCUCCUGGGAGUCAAACCAACACCACCUGGUGAUCUACAAAGCAUUCCUGUUAAGAUCCAUUCAGAAAGACUGAAGUUACCUAGUCACUUUGAUGCAAGGACUGCUUGGCCUAAAUGUAGCUCAAUUGGAAAUAUACUUGAUCAGGGACACUGUGGCUCUUGUUGGGCUUUUGCUGCUGUGGAAUCAUUAUCUGAUCGAUUUUGCAUCCAAUUUGACAUGAAUAUCUCUUUAUCUGUUAAUGACCUCUUAUCAUGUUGUGGCAUCUUGUGUGGGUUUGGCUGUAAUGGUGGGUAUCCUAUAGCUGCAUGGCGGUAUUUUAAGCGCUCUGGGGUAGUUACAGAAGAGUGUGACCCGUAUUUUGAUCAAACUGGUUGCUCACACCCUGGUUGUGAACCUGGAUAUCCCACACCAAAGUGUAAGAGACAAUGUGUAGGUGGGAACGUCCUCUGGAAGAAAUCAAAACACUUCAGUGUUAGUGCCUAUAAAGUCCAUCAUGAUCCCAGCAAUAUCAUGACGGAAGUUUAUAAAAAUGGACCCGUUGAGGUCUCUUUUACUGUAUAUGAGGAUUUUGCUUACUACAAGUCUGGAGUUUACAAGCACAUCACAGGUGCUCAAAUGGGUGGCCAUGCCGUCAAACUAAUUGGAUGGGGAACAACCGAUGAGGGAGAAGACUAUUGGCUUCUUGCAAAUCAAUGGAAUAGAAGCUGGGGUGAUGAUGGGUACUUCAAAAUUAGAAGAGGAACCAAUGAAUGUGGCAUUGAAAAGAGCGUCGUGGCAGGAUUACCUUCAUCGAAAAACAUGGUGCAAGAGGUAAGUAAUGUUGAUGACGCUUUUCUUGAUGCGUCGGCAUAAAAUUAUAUCUGGGUACGAAGAAGGUGCUCUCCAAAGUAAAGCAUCUCAACUCAUCUCAACUCCUCAGAUUAUAAGAAAUACCAUACGAACAAAUGAACAUCUCAACUCAGAUUAUAUAUGAGAAGAUGCUACAGUAUUCAUUUUGUGUUGUUAUUGACAAACUUAUGUUCAGUAUUUUUCCA